UUACAGACUUCAGCGGUAACUUCGCAUACUUCAUACUGUUAUACAUUUAUUUACAUAUUUAGCUUCUAGUUAAACUGCAUCAAUGGCUCUUCAGCGACUAAUCUUAACACUGCUUAUGUGAAGUCCAUGUUCCUUCACUGAAGUGGCCCUUGCUGUGAUGCCUCCAACCAUGACUCAGAUUAGUGAUCCAAAAAUUGCUUUUGCCUAUUUGCGACCGGCCUGUGUCCUGCUCACCCGUGAGCCCACUGUGACAAAUGUCGAAACACUCAGUGGCCAAUUAAAAGAGGUCAAUGAUGCCACAUUGCAGCAGCUCCAGGAAUAUGUCCUGUUUCCUCUUCGCUUUGUCCUUAAAGUUCCUGGGCCCAAGAAGGACAAGCUGGUGCAGGCUGUGACUGAAGCCAUGAGUUAUGUUCUAGAGAACACUUGUGUUCAGAACUGGGAUAUCCUCCGUGACCUCUUCUCAGAGCUUUGUCUCUGCCUCUGCUGUCCCACGGACCCUGGCAAACCUCUAGAUUCGUCAGAGGAGCUAAAACUGGCUGUGUUGAAGUGUUUGGACGCUUUGCUUCAUGCAGCUUAUGGUGAUAUAGUCUUCAGACUUUAUGAACUGGUCAUGCUGCCUGGAUUGGGUGCCGCUGUAGCAGUGCUGCUAGCUUUAGGUGAAAAGGAGAAAUCUCGAGAUAUACAGGUAGCUGCCUUGAAGUGCCUCCAAGCUUUGUCUCUGCAGUGUGACUGCGCUCAGGAGCAUGUGGUCCCAACUUCAGCUGAGCGAUGUUCUGUCGGGAACACCAUGGCUUCAUUCUUACCUGGAAUUACUUUGGCUGUAGCAAGGAUCAUCACAGGAGAUCUAAGACAAGGACAUGCUGUAACGGUCAGGGCCAUCAAGGUGUGGUCCAGCUCUGUAGGGUUGGUAAUGGAAGAUGCACAGCUGCAGACAAGUGAGCCCUGGAAGUCUCCCCCAUCAGACCUGGGUAGGGUUGGGCAGCUUGUGGUCCAGCGGACACCAGACUGGGUGAAAAACACGGCAGGAAAAUUGUCUGUGCUGAUGAAGAAGAUCAUCUCCUGCACCUCAGCCCACCUGCACUGGAAGGUACGACUGGGAAUGGUUGAACUGGCUGACCAUCUGCUGACCAGGUGUAGUCAGUCACUGAUAGAGUGUGUGGGACCGCUGCUGGAAGCACUGGUGGGAGCAAUCAAUGAUGAAGAGCCUAGAGUCAGGGAGAGGUGUGAAGUUUCUCUCAGAGAGGUAUCAAAGAGGAAUCAGAGCUCCAGUAGCAGCAGUGAUGUUACCAGUAAGCACAGCAACAGCAGUCAGACGUUCACCGAUGUCUUGUCUGAAAAUCUCCACUCUUUAGCCACAUCCCUUCCCAGACUAAUGAGGACCUCUGAUGACCAGAAAAAGUUGUUUGUCCUCAAUGUGUUUCUGGGGUAUGUAAAAAUCCUGGGACCGCUCAUCUCCGUGGUGCUAAACUCUGCUGCACAUCUGGAGAGGAUUUCUAAAGCACUGAUGCAGGUGCUUGAGCUGGAUGUGAUGGAUGUUCGUAUUGUGGAGGAAAGGAGUUACGCUGAUACCAUAGGGACAAGCUCAGGCUCUCAUGACUCCUACACUGCCCACAGACAGCGGAAGCAUUUUCUCUACUUCACAGAUGAAAAGAUCUUCUGUGUGCUCAUGGAGAUCUGUCGGACAUUAGGUUUCUAUGGCAACAUCUACCUGCUGACUGACCACCUCCUGGAUUUGUACCGCCAGUCUUCAGCAUACAGAAAGCAGGCUGCCAUGGUGCUAAAUGAGAUCGUUCGAGGUGCUGCAGGCAUUGCUGUGGCAACACAAGGUCAGCAUUUGGACACUGAAGUUCAGGGACACCCUGCCACUAAAGAAGACCUUAAAGAAGCAGUGAUGUCAAUCAUAGAGGAAUACACCAGUCUGAGCAACUGGCACCUCAUAACUGUCAGUGAGGAGACAGAUAGAGACCGUCAGGAUCAGCAGCUGCUCAGCUCAUCCAGACUUCUCUCCAUCUCCAGUGAUGCCAGCAACAAUGCUGCAAGUUCUUUCCAAAUGAUUCCUUCUUCAUUUAGCUCACCUCCACCAUCAUCAUCCACCUCCACAAUUCAUCUGCUCAACAGCAACAUCUGGCAGCUGUGCAUCCAACUCGAGGGCAUCGCCUGCUUUGCUCAGGCUCUGGGGCGGGACUUCUGUCCACUGUUGAUGACCUCAUUGUACCCUGUGCUGGAGAAAGCCGGUGAAGAGACGUUGCUGGUCAGCCAGGCAGCACUGAACUCCAUGAUGGACAUCGGUCAGGCUUGUGGCUACUCCUCCCUGAAGGAGCUGAUCAAUGAGAACUCAGACUACCUGCUCAGUGACAUAUCGCUCAACCUGCAGAGGCUUAGUCAACAUCCACAGGCUCCGCGUGUGUUAACAGUGAUGUUGACUCACUCGGACUGCAGCCUGCUGCCACUGGUCAGGGACAUCGUUCAGGAUGUACUGAUGGCUCUAGAUCUCAGCUACGACCACUCAGCUGCUCUUUUCUGCUCUGUGCUGCACACGCUCAUGAAGGCACUGGCAAGAUGGUUUCCCGCCAUGUGCAGCAAGCUCAGUAAGUCUGCCAGUUCCAAGCAAGCCUCCACUGAACAGGAAGACUUUAACAUUCGCCAGUUCCUGCUGGAUUACCGCAAGCAAAAAGACUUGGCAGAGGGCAUUGGGAUAGAGGAGGAUGACAGCGAGGACUUUGAGGUCCCUCCUCCUACAGAAUGUGAAGAUGCUGAUGAUGUUGGUGGUCCUGAUGUGAAAGCAGAGCUGCCGUUACACCUCAGCAUUACUAAAGAUGUUAUGGAACGAUGCAUUCACCUGCUUUCUGACCCUAGCCUCAGGCUUCGACUAAAGGUGCUGGACGUGCUCGAGCUGUGUGUGUGUGUACUUAGUGAGAAGGAAAAUGAACUUCUGCCCAUGGCUCAUCGCUGCUGGCCAGCCCUCCUGCAGAGACUCACAGCUGAUGACCCAUUAGCAGUCCUCAGAGCCUUUAGGGUGCUGUGCACGCUGGGUGAAACAUGCGGUGACUUCCUGAGGAGACGGGUCUCUAAGGAAGUCCUUCCCAAACUGAGCUCCUCUCUGGCACGGCAGGCUCCAGUCAGCGCCAAGGCUGGGCCAAUCUACACACACACCCUGGCCUACAAACUGCAGCUGGCUGUACUGGAAGGCCUGGGCUCACUGUGCCAGAGACUGGAUCUGGGUGAAGCAGACCUCGAUGCUGUUUGUGAAGCUUGUCUACCCUACCUGAGUUGCAGGCAGCCCAUCAGACUGCAGGAGGCCUGUCUGAGUGUUUUCCGACACUUAAUCCAAGUGGAUCCGGACACCUUCUGGUUUAUUCUGAAUGAGCUGCACUGCCUAUCAUCCUACACCCCGCCCCACCCAGACCUCCAUCCUGUACAGCUGAACGGGAUGGGCAGACCCAGAGACGAAUACUCGGACAAUGUGUUGAAACUGCUCCAGGAGGAAUUUGAUCCCAUUGCUGAGACGAUUAACCAGCCAGUCAUUUGAUGUGAUUGUCUCAUUAAACCACUGAUUCCAAUAUGUUGAUUAAUUGGAGGAAAAUCCGACAUCUAGGCUGAAUACAGCCACCAGUUAUGAUAAAAAUCAUGCCACACAGCUUUCUGUAUUCAGCAAGGCAAGAAUACGAACGUUAGCUUUGUUGUGCUGUUGGCUGAAGUAACCAGGGACAAAGCUGUCAGAUCCUCUACAUGCAGUCACAACAUUCAUCUUUCUCACCUCAGUAAAUGUAGAAAAUGCAAAUAUUAAAUUUACUGUUUCUCUUCAUGCCAUUUCUUUAUUCUCAAAGAGAUGUCUUAUUCUAUUCUGGGCGACCCUGCUGGUUUUAAAUACACAACCUCGUGUUUCAGUUUGUCUAGAAACAUUUGGUUGAUGAUGGCCCUAAUUUAGCUUUUUAACUUCACAUAUAACCAUCAAAAUAGAUGCCAACCAAUAGAAGAUAAUUCUGUGUAAUCAGCUGACAUCAUCCGAUGAAAACAAUAAUUUGCACGUUGACAUUUUAAUAAAGGUUUCAUCCCAA